AUGGCGAGUCGUGGGCCCACUACUCGCUCCAGAAGAGCGGGAGCUGCUUCGAACCAUUCUCGGCGGCAGCGCGAAGACCAGGAUCAUGAAAUUCCAGCGGUCUACCGAGAAAUGCUGGCUGAGGCUGAAAUCAGAGAGACCUCCAGGCCAGAUGAUAGCCAACUACCCAAAAGAAGGAGGAUUACCCGUCCCAAUCCUGUAUCUGACUCCCAGCUUGUACAUCAAGAUGCUGCUAUCACCUCAGAAGCCAGCCAUUCUACAGUUCAACCUGUGCAAACGGUGUAUGAUUCGCCAUCAUCAUCCGAAGAAUCAGGUAUGGAGUGGGAAGAGGUUGAUAUUCAGCAAGCUCCGCAGACUAGUCAAGCGGAUGAUACCUCGAUUCAGGUCACACUGGGUCGGCCCGAGGAUCAGAAGCGCAAGGUAGUUGCUAAGCGAAGGGGGAUCACCACUGCUGAAAAGCAGUUGAGAUUAAGCAUCCAUAAAGUUCAUCUACUUUGCCUUCUACGCCAUGUGCAGAUACGCAAUCUUUGGUGCAAUGAUGAGGAAUUACAGGGCUUUCUCAAACGGACAUUGCCGAAAAAUAUCAUCUCACUGUUGCAUCCGUCCGAGAACAGGCCGCAACAGAUCAGGUCAACAACCUUCGUUGACGGGCUGAACCAAGCUAGUGAUAUAUUCAAUAGAAGGUUUAAGGUAACCAAGCCAGGGCUGAAACGACCUUUGUGGAUAGACGAUCCUGAUGGCGUCAGACAACGAGUGGAAUCUAUAAUAAGUGAUGCCGAGGUCUUCCUCUCAAGGAAGGAUUUCAUCAAACAAGCGCGAACAAUGCAAGGUUCUCGUGACUUUGGCGCCCAGUUAUUCUGUGCUUUGUUACGGUCCGUGGGCGUUGAAGCAAGACUUGUCUGCUCACUGCAGCCAUUAUCAUUUCGGGACAAAUUCAAGGAUACGGCAACUCCUGCUCCAGUGUCUAAAUCUUCAGAAAAUGUUACCCAACCAACUGCUGGAGAAUCGCAAAUGUCACAACGUUCGACUGUGAAAAGGCUAGCUCGACCACGCUUCACACCAGUCAGGCGCCCUGGAACUCCUACUCAAAGUUCUCCCCGGCCUAUCCGUGAAUCAUCGCAUCCCAUAUUCUGGAUUGAAGCCUUUAACGAAGCAGUCAAUAAAUGGAUACCUGUCGAUGCUUUGGUUACCAAGUCUAUGGCAAAGCCUUCUAAAUUCGAGCCUCCAGCAAACGAUCCUUACAAUCUUCUGAGCUACGUGGUAGCCUUUGAGGAUGAUGCUUCUGUUAGAGAUGUCACUAGGCGCUAUGCGAAGGCUUUCAACGCAAAAACUCACAAACACCGUGUGGAUUCCAUUGGGAAUCAUGUCAAUUGGUGGAAUAAAGUGCUGCGCUUUUAUGAGAAGCCAUUCUUGGAAGACCGGGACCAACUGGAGAUCAGCGAGCUGACUGCCAAGACAGCCGCAGAGCCUAUGCCCCGGAAUAUCCAAGACUUCAAGGACCAUCCUGUCUAUGCUCUUGAGAGGCAUCUUCGGCGGAAUGAGGUUGUCUUUCCCAAACGGGUGAUUGGGCAGGUGAGCCUUGGUAAAUCAGGGUCAAAGAAUCAAGUAUUGGAGCCCGUAUAUCGCCGAUCAGAUGUGCAUACUCUACGUAGUGCAGAUCGCUGGUAUCGCCUGGGACGAGACAUCAAGCCAGGUGAACAACCAUUGAAGCGUGUCACAUCAAGGAGGCCGCAGAUGGGGAGGCUCAAUGACGAGGAGGAUGACUCCAUCUCCGAGACACCUCUGUACGCUUAUUAUCAGACACAAGUGUAUCAGCCUCCGCCAGUAGUUGGAGGGAGAAUACCCAAGAAUAUGUAUGGGAAUCUGGAUGUCUAUGUACCUAGCAUGGUACCUCUAGGCGGUGUCCAUAUCGCUCAUCCAGAUGCUCGUCAAGCUGCCAAGAUUCUUGCUAUUGACUAUGCGGAUGCUGUCACUGGUUUCAGCUUCAAGGGGCGCCAUGGGACCGCGAUACUGCAGGGAGUUGUUGUUGCCACUGAGUAUCGGGAGGCACUUGAAGAAGUGCUGAAUGGUCUGGAAGGAGAGAAGUUACAGGCCGAGUUAGAUAGGAAGUCUGCCGAAACACUGCAGGCUUGGAAGCACUUAAUGCUGAAAAUGCGCAUUGCAGAGAGAGUCAAAGGCUAUGUUGUAGAAGGCGAGCGAGAUGCAGAUGAGCCGGAGACAAACGAAAACGUGGAGGACCCAGAAGAGUUCGGCGGCGGUUUUAUUCCGGAGCCGGAGCAAGAGGCCAACAGUUCAGCUGCUGUGAUGGACUGGAUUGGUCCCUCUCAAGGGGGACCUUCAGGACCUACAGGCAGAGACAUGUCUCUCUCGACUACAGAGACGGAUAUGCUCGGUGGGGGUUUCAUUCCUGAAGAAAGCGCCGAUCAGGUGUCUUCGCCUCAGCAAAGCAGCAACAUCACAAGAUUGCAAAGGAAUAGCUCAGCACUUCCUCGAUAUGAUCUGGUCGUCACUUCAAAGUUUGAACCUGCAGGUCAGGCAGCCCCGAUUCAAAGCUUCAUGGGUAAGCAUUCAGGCUUGCUGCCAGACAGGACGAAAGAGGACUUGGGGCAUAUCACACCGCAGAUUGCUCCUCAGAACUCAGAGGCAGCGAUCCUCAGAUCUACUACGACAAUUCCGAGCUCUGCACAUCCCCGGAUCGUUGUACAAGCAGCUGAUUCGCGCUCCCCAACCCCUGGCAUCACCAGCCAAGAAACGCACAGCGACGAAGAGGCUUCUUUAUUAUCGCAAGACCCGGAAGAUGAUGAUGCCAUUCCGGAGUGGUUGAUGUCCGAUUAA